AUGGAGAACGUAGAGAAGAUAUACAUCCGGAACAAAGCCGAGCUGUCGGACAACUUCUUCUACUUCUACAACUGGGUGAAGCUGAACUUUAACACGUGCCUGAUCAUAAGCGAGAACAGCAGCCUGCGGAGCAGCGUGCUGUUGGAGCUGCUGAAUGGGAAGAAGCUCGUGUUGAGCGAAAUCAACGUGUGCGAGGCGUUGUUCCGGCUGGCAUGCGGGGGGAUCAGCGGUGAGAGUAGCGGCGGGGUUAGCGGUGAGAUUAGCGAUGUGUCGUGCCACCACCGCAUUGAUGCCCUUUACGCGGAGGAGCUGAAGUUCUUCCUGAAGGGGCGGCUGGCGAGCGACAAACCCGUGGACGAGCAGUUCCUCGAACGGGUGGAGGCCGAAAUGGCGCUGCAGAAGGGGUUCUGCAAGGAGAGGCUGAGCUUCCUGGACUUCCUUCUUUUCUCCAUUUUUAAGAAAGCCAAAGUGGAUCAAGUGGAGGGGAACAAGUACCCCCACCUGGGCGCGUGGCUUUCCAAAAACAACUUCCCCAUAAAGGAGGAAGACAUGAACUCCUUUGCCAGCACCAACUUCAUUCAGCAAAUUAUAGAAGACGAUUUGAAGAGGAAGAAGCACACGUGUGUGAUUACGAGAUUUCCACCUGAACCGAACGGUUACCUCCACCUUGGUCAUGCAAAAAGUAUAUGCCUGAAUUUUGGGCUAUCGGAGAAGUAUGGAGGGAGGACGCACCUACGGUUUGAUGAUACCAACCCGGUGACGGAGGAAGUGAGGUACAUCGAAUCUAUCCAGGAGGAUGUCAAGUGGUUGGGAUUCGAUUGGAAUGAGCAUUUGUACUUCGCUUCGGACUACUUCGACCAGCUAUACGAAUGGGCCAUCCAAUUGAUUAAGCAGGGGGAUGCCUACGUAGAUGACCAGUCAAUUGAGCAGAUUAGGGAAAAUCGAGGCAGCUUAAAACAACCGGGGGUGAACUCUCCCUUUAGGGAAAGAAGUGUGGAGGAGAAUUUGACCCUUUUUAGGAAAAUGAAAGAGGGAGAGUUUGCAGAAGGGGAGAGGGUCCUCAGGGCAAAAAUAGAUAUGGCUUCUGGGAAUAUUAACUUAAGGGACCCGAUCCUCUACCGCAUUAUGCAUAAGGUGCAUCCGAAGAGUGGAGACAAGUGGGUCAUCUACCCCAUGUAUGAUUUUGCCCACGGGCAGUCAGAUUCUAUUGAGAAAAUUACCCACUCUAUUUGUACCCUCGAAUUUGAAACGCAUAGGCCGCUCUACGAAUGGUUUCAGGAGAAGCUGGGCAUUUACAGGACGAGACAAAUUGAGUUUGCUCGACUGAAUGUAACCUACAUGGUGAUGAGCAAAAGGAAGCUCCUCACCUUGGUGAAUGAAAAGUACGUGGAUGGGUGGGAUGACCCACGGAUGCCUACCAUCUCUGGGAUGAGAAGGAGAGGCUACAGCCCAGAAGCCAUCAAGGAUUUCUGUGCCAAAGUUGGUGUAGCAAAAAGGGAAAAUAUCAUUUCCUAUGAGUUACUAGAACUUUGUGCCAGGGAGGAUAUGAAUAAGAAGGCCAAGAGACUCUUCGCCAUUUUGAAGCCCCUAAAGGUUGUUAUUACCAAUUUUGUUCCGGACAAUGAGGAGCUACACGAGUUGAGUGCUCUGAACCAUCCCAAGAAUGAAUCCAUGGGGCAGAGGAUGAUGAAGUUUGAAGAGGAGAUCUACAUCGAUGAGGAGGACUUCCUGGAGAACCCCCCUGAGCAUUUCUAUCGACUCGCCCCCAACCGGACCGUUCGACUGAGGUACGCCUUCUGCAUCACGUGCCACGAGGUCGUCCGGGAUGCGGCCACCAACAGGGUCGUCGAGCUCAGGUGCACGUACGACCCGGAGAGUAAGAGCGGCGUGGGUAGCGGCGGUGUCAGCGGCGUUGGCGGAGUCAGCGGUACGUCCGCCGCUACCCCCAACCAGGGCUGCCCCGAAAGCUUGCGGAAAGUAAAAUCCACCAUCCACUGGGUAGCCAAGUCGAACGCGCAAAGCGCCCAGUUCAGAAUCUACGACAAGCUGUUUACCAAGCCGAACCCAGAGUCGUCCAAUGACGACCAGGAGGACGUGGAGAAGCUGAUGGAGAAUUACACAACCCAGUUGGGAAAGCAAGACGGCUGCGAGGAAGAAGAGGAAACCUCCUCCCCCCCCGUGGAACAGCAAAGCGAAGCUGAUGGGAACAACCUGGGGUGGAGAAAAUACAUCAAUAAAAACUCCCUACAGAUUCACCAGGGAAUCGUGGAGAAGUAUGCCACCACUUGCAACGUGGGAGAAGCUAUCCAGUUCGAGCGUAUUGGGUUCUUCACCAAGGAUAGGGACUCCACGGAGGAUUGCCCUGUGUUCAACCUGACCGUGGCGCUGGUGGAGAAUAGUGCGCUGAAGAAGAAGAAGGAGGACCUAGUGAAGAAGGAGCUGGACCGCCUGAAGCGGGAGAAGGCCACCUCCGAGCGCCGCCUCAAGCGGGAGGAGCGCAAGCUGCGCGAGCAGCGCAAGUUGGAGCAGGCGGCAGGGGGAAAGGCCGACGCAGGCCAAGUCGGCGCUGCGGAUGUUGCAGCCAGUUGA